CGAUGGGAGGGGACUGACCGUUAAAUUCAGAACCACCGUGACCGUUAACGGACCGUUUACAGCGACGAGCACGCGCCUGUCGUGACAGCUACGAUGGUUAGCCAGCUAACACGCUAACAUGCUAAAUGGUCUCUACAACAACCGCCAUUUUGUUCCUUUUGCUUUGACAUCGCCAUAACAACGGCCCGCCGGAGGCUGCCUCCGCGGCUGCGUCGUCACGGCGGGCUCCGCUCACCGUCACCGGGAUGAGCAGCGGACACAGACCGCCUCAUUCAGCCCUCCGACCGGACCAACGACCAGUCCAACGGCUAACCGCUGCUAACCGCAGCUAACCGCAGAGCUAACGGUGUUCAGGAAACAACAGGAACCAGCAGAUCCGGAACCUGAUGGACUUUAUCCGAACCGGAGUGUGUGUGUGAGCAGCUUCACCUCCGAGCCCGCGCUCCGCUCUCUCUCCCGAAAAUAUCCGAUUUCUUUUACUCUCGAUUCCUCUGUUGUUGUUGUUGAUUCUCGUUGCUGGGUUCUUGUCGCCAGGGCUACCGUGGCUAUGGCGCUUCGUCCUCACCAGGGCAACUGUUGCUACCCACCCGCUCCCUUCCCUCCCCCUUCUUCGCUCUGAUUGGCUGAUUCAGGCUAGAUUCUCUUAAAGGCACAGGACAGCUUUUUUAUUUACUACAAAGCCGUCCACGCCCAUCAGUGAGACCCUCCUGUCAAUCAAAGUCAUACAGAAUCAUAAUUAAUCAAUUAAUUACAUUCAGGUGAUAAUCUGUCAAUAAAUACAAUAGAGUGCAGACACUUUAUAUGAAAAAAAUAUACUGAAAAAUUAUAUACAGACAUACACUACCAUAUACUGUAAUAACACUUGUUAUCACAGAACAAUAACAUGUUUUCUGUCGAUCACAGAACUGUCAGAUACAGACAGAAACAAAUGGUUUUCCACAAAUAUAUAAAACUAAAUGGUUCAUAUGAAAAAAAAUGCCAUUUAUGAUACAGUACUCAAUGCAAAUACAGCAUUUGUACAGUAUAUCUACGUCAUUUUUAUAGUACCUAUACCUUAUUUAUACAGUAAAUAAAUAUCAGUUAAUAGUACAUGUACCUAAAACACUAUUGUACAACACAUAUACUGCACAUAAAGCAGAUACACUUCUUUUCAACUGUGCACAUUAUUCAUUUAUAAAGUACGUAUCUGCAGUUCAUAUAGUACAUUUUCCUUUUUUUUUAUUUGUACUUAUUUUGCAUUUAUCGCGCUCAUUUAAUGUCCUCAUAUGUACUAUAAUUAUAAAAGACUACAUAUUGCUGUUGCUUUAGUCUCUCAGGUUUAAAUGUUAAAUGAUCUUUAAGUCUGGAAAGAGUUUAUUUAUGAGGCCGUUACCUCAGACGGAGCGAUGUAAUUGGACAAAAUAAAUUCCCUAAUUGAAGUGUUUGUCAAAUAUGAAGCUCCGUAUUGAUAAAAGUGUCAGCUUUUUAUAGCUCUAUAAAAAUCAUUUUGUAUGUUAACUGUUUGAUGAUCUUCAAAAAGUCGAAUUAAAAGUGAAAAUGAUUUUAAAGUUUCCGUUAGGAGGGAUGAUGAAGUGGGUUUAAGGUUCAUUAUGAAGAGUGCAGGUGUUUAUUUUGACCCGUUGACUCUCUGACCUUUAGUCCGGUGUGUUACCUGUGUAAAUGACACAUCCUGAAAUGAUGUUUUGUUCGCUUAUUGUCUUCAGGGUCAUCAUAAAUUCAUCCUCUUCAUUGUGAUUCCCUAAACAGGUGACCUUUGACUUUGUGGAUAUCCUGAUAAAACGCUGUUUUUUUUGCCAGACUCAUUAACGGACUCCCCGUUAUCUGGAAUUUGAAAAUGUCACAGGAUCCGUUUUCGUCCUUCUUUUGUGACGAUGAGCCGAUGAAAUUCGUGAUUUCGAUGUAAUGUUGGAUUUCCUGUAAAUUACAGACAAACUCUGACUGAUGAACUUCAGGUUUUGUAGACAUUUACGAAAGAACUUUAUUGAUCCCCAAAGGGAAACUUGUUGGUGUGGAUCUUAUCUUCUGUUUACAGAAGAAGGAAACUGUCUGAUGGCUGUGGGUUUGAGAGAUCUUCUGAAUCUUUCUGUCCUGCAGCAAAGAGAAAGGAGUCGUCUGUUGUUUUUUUCUGUAUUUUAUCUUUAAGUGUCAUUUUCUGUGUAUUUUUUUUGUUGUGUUCCUGCUCCAGUGUAUUUAUUGUUGUUCACUUUAGUCCCAGAAUUAUUAUUUUAUGUUUUAAGACUAUUUGUUUAUUUUCCUUUAUUGUUUGAUUUUCAAACAGUUUUAUUAUUAUUAUUAUUAUUAUUAUUAUUAUUAUUUAUUUUAUAAUUUUAUGAGUUUCCUAUGUCUUGUCGUGGUUUUAUCAGUUUAGCUUUAGCUCCUUUUAGUUUAAGAUAGCGUUUCCUGUUGAGCCCUGACUUGGUGUCUCGGUGGUUGUGAGAGUGUGUGUGUGUUUUGUGUAUGUCUGUGUGUGUUGUGGCUGUGUGUGUGGGUGGGUGGGUGGGUCUCUGUUCAAUGCGGGCUUGGAGGGUGAGUGGGUGGGAUUUUGCAGUUUGCAUUUUAUUUUGUAUUUUAUUUUGUAUCCCCUGAUCCUCUCCCUCUUGUGUUCUAUAAUGUACAGCACUUUGUGAUACAGUUUAUGUCUAAAAAGUGCUUCAUAAACAAAGUGAUUGAUUGAAAAAAGAAGGUUAACAAAGCGCUUUGACAUAUUGUAUUGUGUGUAAUGUGAACUUGUAUGUUGUGUGGUAUUAUGGGUAUUUGACCGGGGUGACUGACGUCAGGAUGUUUGAGUGGGUUGAAGGUUUCAGAGUGCUCCUCACGUUGAAACGCUGUGACUUAUUCAUUUAUUCGUCCACCUCUGCUCCUCUCUUUGUCUUUGAAAAGGUCUCCGUCCGUAUCUCUGCUGCUGAUCUGCUGCUCUCUCUCUGCAGACCUGCGCACACACAUGACUCCAAACACCUUUAUAAAGCUCACCUGGCUCAUCAGGAGCCACAGCAGGCAGAAGAACAUCCAGGUGCUGCUCAGAGGAAACCAGCUGUCUCUGAAACCUCGAACUGUCUGUCCGUCCCUCUGUCAGACCAUGUGGAAAGUCACCGUGCUGGUUGUGUGUCUCCUGGUGGUCGGUGUUCAGCCCAUGGACGACCUGUCAUACGGUGUAAAGCUCUGCGGCCGUGAGUUCAUCCGGGCGGUUAUCUUCACCUGUGGGGGCUCACGGUGGAGACGGUCCCUCAGAGGUUCAGGUGAGAAGCUUCAGAUUUAAUCUGCUGACUUUGUGACGGGGACAUCUCCAUGAUUAUUUUCAUCUCAUCUCUGAGUCGACCAUCUCUCAUCUUAAUGAAUGAUUGUGGUUUAUUGACCAAAAGGUUUGUCUGUAACUCUGAUUCCUAUUGGUUAAAGGAGCUGUGAUGACGCUCCCACAUGUUGGUCUGUUAGAAGUCGUCAUGUCUUCAUUUUUCCGUGUCCCUGCAGCUGAUCCGUUCGAGGAGCCGUUCACUUCCCUCCAGGACUUCUCAGACCGCCUCAGUCGCUCAUCAGUUGUGGAGAAUCUCCUUCAUGGUACCAGAGGCGACCCGGUGGGACCAUUCCAGAGGCCGGCCCGCUCCUUCAUCACUGAGGAGAUACUGGAGGCCCUUCGCAAGGCGGACCGCAAGGGCCGGGAUGUGGUGGUGGGCCUGUCCAACGCCUGCUGUAAGUGGGGCUGCAGUAAGAGUGAGAUCAGCUCCCUGUGCUGAGUGACACACCAAACUACAACGAACACCCAGAACCCCCCAAUGAACCCUGCUGAGUCCAAAAACUCCCACGAGUCACCCCCAGACUGUAAACCUGCUGAAUCCUCAUGAAUCUGAGAAAAGACUCUUUCAACAAAACCAUCAGAGACUCUGAUUUUAACCAUGACUGUGAUUUUAUUUCUGUGAAAGACGGAUUUAAAGAGAGACAGAGUGUUAUUGAGACAGUGUGUUAUUUUUGAAGUGUGUGAGUGAAGGAUACUGUACCCUGUGCAGGUGUGUGUUCAGGUUUUGUUGUUGUGAACUCUGAGAAUUAAAGUGGACAUUUUGAACACCCUGUUUAUCUCAC